AUGGCCGAGAUGGUAGCACGGGCCGACCUGCGGACGCAGGCGCGACAACGCCUCAUCUACCGAGGGAAAGUGCUGGCCGAUGCGGACCCCCUCAGCGCCUAUAAGGUGGAGAACGGCCACUUCGUCCACAUGGUGGCGAGGCCGGAGGGCGUCCCGCCGCCCGCGGGGGGGGGCGGCGGCGGGGCUCCGUCGGCGUCCGCCCCCGCCCCCUACUACCUGCGGCCCCCGACCGGCGGGGGGGGCCGCAGCGACCGCUUGCUGAUGGGGAUGGGCGCGCCCGCCACUACCGCCGCCGUCCCGGCCACCGCUGCCGCGGAGAGAGGACAAGGGCGCAACAACAACAACAACAACGGGAUAGACAACGCGUUGCUCAACGCCGCGGCUGGGCUCGAGCAAGGGGAUUUCUUGUCGAACAUGCUUGCCCUCGGGGGAGGGAACGGCAGGCGGCGGCGGGGGAGGAGGGGGGGGGGGGAGGGCGGCGAGGGCGGCCGGAUCACCGCCGCUGGCGAUGCCCCAGUGGAAUGCGAACGGCCUUGCUGA